UUAGGUAGCUAAAGAUGUCACAAAGUACCUCACUUUUCCCCAACUUUAUAUCCUUCCUUUAAUAUUAAAUGCACAUCUCCAUACAAGCUGCCGGAUGUCCAUUUAGCCCGUCCCCCAUACCCUCCUUUUCUAUACAAAAAGACACCCCACAGCUUCUCAACAUGUCUUCCAUCCCAGUAAUAUUUUCGCUCAAAAUCGUUUAACUUCAUAAUUCUGAUAGGAUACUCUGAUUUGGUAUGAUCGCCUCCGUUUCUUUACUGUGAGCUGGUAUGUCACCUUAUCUUAUGUACAUAACUGAAAGAAGAAUCCUAGUCCUUUUUUCUCCUAUUGAUUCUUGACAAGUAUGAAUUUUAGCGACGAAACAGUAAGUCCGUCAAGCUGCUCUUCGAUCCACUUCGCCAGGACCAGCUAAAAAGGGGUCUCCGAUUCGGAUAACAUCCACUCGCAUAAACAAAAUAAAAAUAUGCUCUCUCCAUGUCCUUUUCUAGCUGGAAUCUUCACAACAAUUAUGUGACUUAAAACAACAACAAAACCCUUUCCUGUUCUUCCCAGAACUCUCCAACUGCAAAUCCCUCCACUUCCUCUCUUCUUUUUACUUUCUUCCCUUUCUUCAACCAUGCAUCGACAUCUCCUUGGAACAGAGGUCAACACGGCGGCGCCGUUGUCCAAUGGAAACAGAGCCGCCGAUUCGUACGUUAGCGAGGCCAAGUUCGACACCAACAUGGUGAUCAUAUUGGCUGCCUUAUUGUGUGCUUUGAUAUGCGCACUUGGUCUCAAUUCGUUCGUCCGCUGCGCCCUCCGCUGCAGCCACAGGUUCGCUCUCGAGACGCCGGAGCAGGCGGCUGCGCAGUUGGCCGCCACCGGCUUGAAGAAGAGGCAUUUAAGGCAAAUCCCAAUUGCGGUGUACGGCUCCGGCGUGAAUAUUCCGGCCACCGAAUGCCCCAUCUGUCUUGCGGAGUUCGAAGACGGAGAAAAAGUUCGAGUCUUGCCGAAAUGCCAUCACGGAUUCCACGUGAGGUGCAUAGACACGUGGCUUUUGUCGCACUCGUCGUGCCCGAAUUGUCGGCAUUCGCUGCUGAGUACUAGUUCUGCUGCCCCGGCCGCCGCUGCUGUUGCGGCUGCAGAUUCAACUCAAGAAGCUAAUGCGGCGGCGGAGGGGUCAUCGGCAGCCGCCACCAACGAGUCCAGCCAGCAAGGUGGCAGAGUAGUCGUAGUGGUUGAGCAGGGGACUUAAACUUUGCCAAUUGGCCAAAAGUCAUAAACUUUUAUUGUUUUAUGAAAUUUAUGGAUCUAAUUUUGUGGAGGCCAAUCAGCAAUUAGGAAAUAAUGGGAGUUUUUCACUUUUAUUUAUUUAAUAUAUCAUACAAAGAGCAGUAUGAGUUCAUAUCACUAUGAUGAACUAUGUCUUCUGAUGCACUUCUCUGAUCAUAUGUAUAUUUCAGUUGAUAAUUAAUCAAAUCAAAAAUCAAAUGAACCAAUGUU